UUGGCCGGUUGUGCACGCGCCUUCUUCACUUGACCGUAGCGGGGCUGGCUACUCGCGUGAUGUGGCUAAGCUAGCUGUCGCUCACUCAGCCGCCGGAUGUUCCCGGGCGCACGUCGUUGUCGUCCGUCUUGAUAUUCCCCUCAAACAUUCCCGGACGAAUUCGUGUCGACUGACCAGAGUCCGCGAAUUCCCGUCCGACUCCCCGGUGCUGGUCGUCGAUUUUCUUCCCUCCCCUCCCCGCCAUCGCCGCUAGAGCUGCUUAGCUUGCCGGCUAACUUGAGUACCGAGAGCCGAGGAUCAGACGAGCCCCGAAUUGAAGGACCACACCCUGAGAAGAUGUCCCUUCAUCAGUUUCUGCUGGAGCCCAUCACCUGCCACGCAUGGAACCGCGACAGGACACAGAUUGCUAUCAGCCCCAACAACCAUGAAGUUCAUAUUUAUAAGAAGAGCAGCAACCAGUGGAUUAAGACACAUGAGCUGAAGGAGCACAACGGACACAUUACAGGCAUCGACUGGGCCCCGAAGAGCGACCGCAUCGUGACGUGCGGCGCCGACCGCAACGCUUACGUGUGGUCGCAGAAGGAGGGCGUGUGGAAGCCCACGCUCGUCAUCCUCAGGAUCAACAGGGCCGCCACCUUUGUGAAAUGGUCCCCGCUGGAGAACAAGUUUGCGGUGGGCAGCGGCGCGCGCCUCAUCUCUGUCUGCUACUUUGAGUCAGAGAACGACUGGUGGGUGAGCAAGCACAUCAAGAAGCCCAUCCGCUCCACCAUCCUCAGCCUGGACUGGCACCCCAACAACGUGCUGCUGGCCGCCGGAUCGUGUGACUUCAAGUGCAGGGUCUUCUCGGCCUACAUUAAGGAGGUGGAGGAAAAGCCGGGCCCGACGCCUUGGGGCAGCAAGAUGCCUUUUGGAGCCGUCCUGGCAGAGUUUGGAGGAGCAGGAGGAGGAGGUUGGGUCCACUCGGUGUCCUUCUCGGCUUCGGGCAACCGCCUGGCGUGGGUCAGCCAUGACAGCACGCUCACCGUGGUGGACAGCUCCAAGACGGCCAGUCCUUUGCAGCUGAAGACGGAGUUCUUGCCUCUCCUCAGCGUCUGCUUCGUGUCCGAGAACAGCCUGGUGGCCGCCGGCCACGACUGCUGCCCUGUGCUGUUCCGCUGCGACGACGGUGGCGCGCUGACCUUGGUGUCCAAGCUGGACCUGCCCAAGCAGAGCAUCCAGAGGAACAUCUCGGCCAUGGAGCGCUUCCGCAACAUGGACAAGAGGGCCACCGCCGAGGACCGCAACACCGCGCUGGACACGCUGCACCAGAACAGCAUCACCCAAGUGUCAAUCUACGAGGGAGACAAAAGGGACUGUCGCAAGUUCUGCACCACCGGCAUUGAUGGCGCCAUGACCAUCUGGGACUUUAAGAGUCUAGAAGCAUCUAUCCAGGGUCUGCGCAUCAUGUGAAGACAUUUUGUGGACGCAAAACAAAAUGGAGACAUCGUGACCUCGCCUACACUCGCCCGACAGUAACACACAUGCGCACCUUUUCGAGUGUUCGCCGAAGCACUGAUCAGGCCGUAACACAUACACACACACACACACACACACACACACUGAACUGACGUGUGACAUCACUGUUGAUUUUUCUUGAGUUGCUGCCGUUUGAUUUUAAAUGAAGUUGUGAAAGGAAGGGAGAAGGUUCCGUAUUAUUAAAAAGUGUGACUCGUGUGUCUUUUAUGUUCUCGACCCUCUUCCAAAGUUCAACACUAAGCUAAGUUUUAUCACACACAAAAAGAUAUGAAUAAAAGUCAGACUGAAUAUCACCACGGCAGAGCCUCCGCGCGAAUAUAUCAGCGUGGCGUCGAGGUGACGGACAUUUUCUCUCACUCGCGUCGCCAUGGCGACUAGUUGCUCCGAGCUCAAGUACGAUGGAGGCUGUCUGUAUCAAGCCAGUUGAAAUAAAGUUCAGAUGCAUUUACACCAUA